UAAAUCAGCAAUGACUGAGCCAUUACAGAGGCUUUGCCUUUUUUAAAUUGCCCAAAGGUACUUAGUAUCAAGAGGUUUGUAUGAUCCAGUUUUCAUUGAACGUUAUUCAGUUUGAUUAAGUGGUGCCUUCCUGUAUCCGAGUGCCCUUCUGUGCAGCACUGGGGAUCACUCUCACCGAGUCACCUGCAACUGAAACUGAUCGGUGACAGAAGAGUUUGGCAUGCCAUGGACGGACAUCGGAUUACAUUGCAGUUCCUGCAAGAUAUUGUAUCAGAAAUGGACCCUGAUGUCACUGUGUCAUCAUUUGAGGUGAGUCACGCAGCAGGUCGGGGAGACAACUACACGUCUACACUGUACAGAGUGUUGGUCUGUGGCAGUAAAGACACAGAAGUUUGGAGUCGCUCUCUUAUUUACAAGCAGCUGCCAGACAGUCUGGCCCAUAGAGAGUUAUACCGCUCAGAUGUACUCUUCCUCAACGAAGUCUCCUUCUACAAGGAGGCACUCACUGCUCUGCUGCAGUUUCAGAGCUGUACAGGAGGGAGCCAGUCGUUCACGGUGGUGCCUAAGUGUUUCUUGGCUCACAAUGAUGUCCUGGUCCUUGAGGACCUCAGAGAGAGAGGCUUUGUGAUGGGCAACAGGCAGGAGGGACUUGACUAUCUACAUUGUGUGGCUGUCUUCAGAGAAAUUGGAAGAUUUCAUGCUCUAUCACUUGCUAUGAAAAGUAAAGAGCCAACAUUGUUUCAAGAGCAAGUGGCAUCGAAAAUCCGAGAAACAUUUUUUACUGAUCAGAACGAAGAGUACUAUCAUGACUAUUACUGCACCUUGAUCAAAAAUGCCCUAGCUAUGGUAGAUGCUGGCCUAGAAAAUACAGAAAAGCUUACUUACCUGAACAAGUUGAAGAAAUUUCUUGACGAAAAAACUUUCUUCAAGACGAUGACUACAUUUGCUCAACCGAAGGAGCCUCUUGCUGUGCUUACUCAUGGUGACUUUUGGACCAACAAUAUCAUGUUUAGAUACUCUGACAGUGGGGAGAUUGAAGAGGUAUGUUUUGUGGACUUUCAAUGUGCAAGAUACGGAUCUCCUGCGUUGGACCUGGUCAACUUCCUGUACUCGUGUGUGGACAGUGACGUAAGGACAGCUCACUCCUCCGAUCUAAUGGCUCAGUACUGCUCAGCUGUGUCUACAUCCCUCACCUCAAUGGGGUGUGACUCUUGUAGCGCCCCCUACUGUGACGAAGGCUCUUUGCCCCAACUUAUCCAGCAGGAGGUUGAGCGCCACAGCCUGUAUGGUCUAGGAGUUGCACUAGACAUGAUCCCCAUCUCUACGUGUGACUCGGCGCUGGCUCCGGACUUGUAUGAGGCGGAGGGAGAGGAGCACGAGUCUGUCACUCCGUUCUGCUCCCAAUACAACCCAGAGUGCCAACGCCGCAUGACUCAACUUGUCAAGGAACUCGUCGAUCUGGGUUACUUAUAAAUAAGUUUGUGUACAAUUAGCUUUUAGAUAUUUUUAUUUGAAAUACACUUUUCAU